GUCAGGUAUUGCUAAGCUUGGAGCAUUGGUAAGUAACAAAAACAGUUGCAGAUCUCAUCAUCUCCAAGAAGAAACUGGCUAGCAUACCAAACAUACAGCAAAUGAAAAAAAAAACACAGUCCUGAAACUGAGUUUCAAAAAGAGGAACAUGAUACUACCCACCCCAGAAAGGGAGAAUUGCCCUGGUCUGGAGCUUUAAAACGUUUUCCUGAAGAACCUCCGAGCCAAGACUGAAGGCAGCUUUGGUGUGAGCACAUAAGGAGGUGAGGUAGACAGAGCAAGAAGUGCCUUGCAUCAGAGCCAAGGUCCUGUGUUUUGUUUCACUCUGUGUUAAACAGAGCUGGUAUCCAUUCAGUAAAUUACAAAUGAGUGAAUGAGCAAAGGCUGGCAGGGCUGGAGCAGAGCAGAGAAUUGAAUGGUAGAUUUACAUGGAGCUUGAGGAUCUGCUAAGGCUCCAACCUCUCACAAGCUUGCAGUGUGGGAAAUUUGCUGUCCUGGUGGAUCUUCAUAUAUUGCCACAGGGGUCAAACAAAGACACCAGCUGGUUUUCUGAGCAGAAGAAAGAGGAAGUCUGUUUGCUGUUAAAAGAAGCCAUUGAUUCAAGAGUUAAGGAGCACUUGGAAGUUCGUAAACAGCAAAAGCCAUCAAGUACAGAAUUCACAAGAUCCAAUCCUUUGUCCUUAAAAGGCUAUGGUUUUCAAAUCACAGCCUAUUUCCUGAAGAGAGGAAUCCACCUUCGCUGCAUUGGGAGCUCACAGACUACUGAUCUCCAAGUAUUCCCUGACAGAUUCGUGGUCUGUGUUAGUGAGCUUGCUCAUAGUCGUGACAUCUUGGCAAAUCAGAAUCAAGAAUUGACAGAAAGAGUUCUUCAUGGAAUAUCUGAUUAUUUUGCUGAAUGUACCAAGUCCUCUUCCUCCCAGGGUAAACGCAAGAGAAAUACUCUGAAAGAAAUUGUGAAAAGAACUAAAACAAAAGGCAGCAUUGUGAGCAAAUCACAGAGCAGAAGAGAGACUGCGGUAACAUCUAGGGACUCAAUGACUGCAGAGGCACCCAGAAGGGCUGCCAUCAGCCUUCCUUCCUCCACCCCAUGUCAGAAUCUGUGGGACAAAGGAUUACAUAAAACAGCAGAGAACCACUGUACAAAACUGGAAAAUGUUCGUCCAACCCACAGCCAGCAGAAACCUCAUCCUGGGGAGCAGUUAGAGACAGGACUUCUGAGGGGUCCUGUCUCUAGCUGUGAGUCAGCAUCACCAGGUCCAAAGCAAAGUCCAGGAACUGCCAAAACAUCACAAAGUCGCAGGAAUCGCGGCCCUGUGGAAGACUCUGACCACCGCAAGAGAGUUUCUCUUGGAAGUGAUCAGUUCAUCCCAAGAGAGACACGAGUGGAAAAAGCAGCUGUCAGUGUUUUACCAGCUUCAGAGUUGUCAGAUCCGGGGUUACUUCUGGAACAAAAUUUGGCAAAAACCAUGGCCCAAGAAGACCUGCAUGUUUUGGAAAUUUCUCCAGACAUCUUACAAGAAAAUAACCCAGGGCAAGCACACCACAGCAGCUGAGCCAUAAACAAUGAAAGCUUAGCUCCCAUCUAAAGCAGCCCAACAGAGAAAUGAAAGAAUUGGCAGAAUUGAGGUUGGAGAUACAAUGUCCAAAUCUGUGAUGACAAGAGAGCUGUGUAUAUAGUUGCUGAUACUUAAAAGGAAAUCAACACAAUGAGCACUUCAAAUAAAGCUUAUAUAUGUGUUAUAUUUCA